AUGGUCCGCAUCUCCGUCUUGAACGACUGCCUCAACAACAUCAACAACGCUGAGAAGCGUGGCAAGCGCCAGGUCUUGAUCCGUCCUUCCUCCAAGGUCAUCGUCAAGUUCUUGUCGUUGAUGCAGAAGCACGGCUACAUUGGCGAGUUCGAGGAGAUCGAUGACCACCGCUCCGGCAAGAUCGUCGUCCAGCUCAUUGGACGCAUCAACAAGACCGGUGUCAUCUCCCCCCGUUUCAACAUCAAGUUGAACGAGAUCGAGAAGUGGAUUGCCCGUCUCUUGCCUUCCCGCCAGUUCGGUUACAUCAUCCUCACCACCUCGGCCGGUAUCAUGGACCACGAGGAGGCUCGUCGUCGCCACACCGGAGGAAAGGUUUUGGGUUACUUCUACUAA